AUGACCGAAAAUGUCCAACCCGGAACCGGCGGAGCUGCCACCGGUGACCGGCAAGCUGCCGUCGCGGAAUACAAUAAACAGCGGCAGAAUCUCAAGGAGCUUCUAGGUAAGCGGAAACAGCAAGAGCGCCAGCUGUCACAACUUGAGCAGAGUAUCGUCGAUCUCGAGGCCAAAUACCUAAGCAACACCCGCAUCGGCAACAUCGUCAAGGGCUUCGAUAACUACAUCAAGGGGACUAGUUCUGCUGCCCAGCGCAAGCAAGGAGAGCUGAAGGACGAGGAUUAUAUCUGGUCGCGAUCUUCGAUUUCCUACAAUAGCCUUCACCCCGAUAAUACGGAAGCCCCGUCUGCAACCUCGACACCAGCCGCACCCACCCCCGUCUCUACAACAUUUGCAAACAGGGAGAAGGACAGUGGAUCGAACCAGCCGACGCCUACGUCCGCGACCGAGAAGGGCUCUGGAAAAGUUGGGAAGGCCGGCAAGAAGAGAACUCAGAAGAAGGACAAGGAUGCAGACGUAGAGGACAGCGAGACCGACUCCCGCGAAGCUAAAAAGGUCAGAACGCAUUUUGGUGCCUCACGAAAAUGA